GGUUGGGCAAAAUAGUGCGCCUGCGUGCCGCCGCUGCGCAUGCGCAGGCGCUGUGUGGCCCUCUUCGCCGGUCGAAAGGGGAGGUCAAGGAGACGGGGGAGACGCGGUUGAGGGCGCCUCGUCAGGGUCGGGGCUGCAGCCGUCAUGCCGGGGAUAGUGGAGCUGCCCACCCUAGAGGAGCUGAAAGUGCAGGAGGUGAAAGUCAGUUCUGCUGUGCUUAAAGCAGCAGCCCAUCAUUAUGGAGCUCAAUGUGAUAAACCCAACAAGGAGUUUAUGCUCUGCCGCUGGGAGGAGAAAGAUCCAAGGCGGUGUUUAGAGGAAGGCAAGCUGGUUAACAAGUGUGCUUUGGAGUUCUUUAGGCAGAUAAAGCGUCACUGUGCGGAGCCUUUUACAGAAUAUUGGACUUGCAUUGAUUAUUCCAACUUGCAGUUAUUUCGUCACUGUCGCAAACAGCAGGCAAAGUUUGACGAGUGUGUGCUGGACAAACUGGGCUGGGUGCGGCCUGACCUGGGAGAACUGUCGAAGGUCACCAAAGUGAAAACAGAUCGACCCUUACCGGAGAAUCCCUAUCACUCAAGAGCAAGACCGGAACCCAACCCUGAAAUUGAGGGAGAUCUGAAGCCUGCCAAACAUGGCAGUCGCUUUUUUUUCUGGACCACAUAAGGAUGGGUCCAUGGCCCACCCUCAGUCACGCGCCCAGACAACGACUGAUGAAAAUGCCCAUGCAGUUUGCAUCGACUGAUAGUGUGUACUUUCCAGGAUCACAAACAUUAACAAAAAAGUUAAUUUAUGUGACUUGGCAGUUAUUCCAUACCAUUUCCUGUCCAUUAAAAAUUUUAAAGGAAACGGU